AAGUUACUCAUAUUUAUUUUUAAACAGGUAUACACAGAGUGUUUUUUAAGAAGGUUGCGCAACUCUUGACCGCCUUAAAUAGUAAGUCAAUACUCAAGUUUAGAGGGAUUUUUAAUCUUCCUACAAAAUGUCUGCCUCGGAGUUAUCCAGUAUUACCUACAACUAUUCUAAUAAAUUUGAGUUUGAGAGAGUGUGGGAUGAACCAGCGUUUAAUGAGUAUUUGAAUAGGAGAUUGAUGGACCCUUUAUUAUAUUCACUGUUGUAUGCGGUUAUUAUCUUCAGUAUUAAGUAUUACAUGAGGAAUAGAGAAGAAUACGACCUCCGACAACCGUUAGCAGUAUGGAGCACGGGGCUGGCUGUUUUCAGCAUUGCCGGAGUAGUGAGAACAGUACCUGAAUUUUUAUUCGCCGUAAACGAACAGAGUUUUCAGUAUUCAGUGUGCAUGCCUACUUGGUAUAAUGGUGUAGCCGGAUUUUGGGGAGGUUUGUUCGUGACGUCUAAAGUAUGUGAAUUAGGAGAUACUCUGUUUAUUGUGUUAAGAAAGAAGCCCUUGGUAUUCUUACAUUGGUAUCAUCAUAUUACUGUUCUGUGUUACUGUUGGUAUAGUUUUAGUCAGCAUACCGCGGCUGGGCGCUGGUUUAUGGUUAUGAAUUUUACUGUUCAUUCCUUCAUGUACUCAUACUAUGCUCUAAAAGCUAUGCAAAUCUAUGUUCCUAAACAGAUUAGUUUAUUAAUUACUUCUAUGCAGUUAUUACAAAUGAUUAUGGGAUGUAUUAUUAAUAUUAUGGUAUUUGUGUAUAAAUCGAGGGGUGAAUUUUGUCAACAAUCAGAUAUUAAUCUAGUUUUGUCUACUGCCAUGUAUUUCUCGUAUUUUGUACUCUUUGCUAAUUUCUUUUACAAAACAUACAUGGUCCCAAGAUCAAAAAGUAGAAAACAACACAAAUCUGACUAACUCUACCGCUUAUGUAGGCCUAUUCUUUAUUGUAUUUUUUUAUUAUUAUUACUUAUUAUGUCUCAUGUUGAGGGUGUUGUAAAGGGUUGACUAAGAACCGAGUAUACUAAUUAAUUAAGUAAACCUAAACUAGUUUUGGUGUUGUGGGAUGGCAUGGCCCAAUUGGCUUAACACGCCUUUGUUUACAUAGGACACCUAAAUUGGCUGUCAUUUGAAUUAAUCCAAAUUAAGACACUCAGGGCAUUCCGAAAUAACAGUCUCCUAAGUCUUACCUCUAAAGAGAUGUAACAGAAGCUUCUAUUAUUUUCAUAUCGCUGGUGAUCGCUUGAAACCUCAUAAUUAUGACGAUGACGUUAUAUGACGCGAAAAGCUUUCACCCACGAUAAUAUGGAUCUUUCAUAUCUGAAAGCUAUUUGUGCGACAAUCUUUAACCCUGUUAUGUACAAAGUGCUGUUGCCAUAGUCCAAUGUCUAAGGGCAUUCAUCGGUAAAGUUGUUGAAGUUGAUGUUACUGAUUAAUUUACCAUGUAUAGUUUUUGAUCAUGUGUGCAGUCAUAAACAGAAGGGAAUAUGCCCCAUUUAGAAAAUAUAUAUAUAUUGUUAUUGUUACCAUUAAUUUUAGACCAAAUAAAACCAUUGUUUUCAUUGAUUUU